GGGCGGGGUCAAGAGCCCGCUCGGGUGACUGGCACCUAGCAAGUAUCGCGGGAACAUGGCAGGGGGAAACGCUCGCAGCGCUUAGAAAUCACUAUGGUGACGGAAAGGUCGGGAGGCUAUUUGGUAACUAGUUCGAGCUCUGAGAGCAGUCGCCACCGCUUUCCUGGAACUUGAGGUAAAUUUCUUCAUCUCCAGAGCCUUUGAAGAAAGGGCUUGGAAGCGGUAGCGGUCAUUAAGACCUAGCUUCUCUUGGUUAGAUGGGAUGAGCUUUGCGGGAGCAUCAGUUAUUUUCCAUCUUCUUCCAGCCACCAGGGUGUUGAUCUUGGGAUGUGGAGUUUACAGUGAAUACAAUCAAGCGGUAUUUAACAUUUCUCUGGAACUGGAGACAUGAGACUGAAGAUAUCUCUCUCAAAGGAACCAAAGCAUCAAGAAUUAGUGAGCUGUGUGGGUUGGACUACGGCGGAGGAGCUGUACUCAUGCAGUGACGACCACCAGAUCGUCAAGUGGAACCUGCUAACCAGUGAAACCAGCCUAAUAGUCAAGCUGCCUGAUGACAUCUACCCGAUAGACCUUCACUGGUUUCCAAAGAGUUUAGGCAUAAAGAAACAGACGCAGGCAGAAAGCUUCGUCCUCACAAGCUCUGAUGGUAAGUUUCAUCUGAUUUCCAAGUUAGGAAGAGUGGAAAAGAGUGUAGAAGCUCACUGUGGGGCUGUGCUCGCAGGACGAUGGAAUUAUGAGGGGACUGCAUUAGUGACAGUUGGAGAAGAUGGACAAGUGAAAAUCUGGUCAAAGACAGGGAUGCUCAGAUCAACUUUAGCCCAGCAAGGAACACCAGUGUACUCAGUAGCCUGGGGCCCUGAUUCAGAAAAGGUUCUUUAUACAGCAGGCAAACAGCUCAUCAUUAAACCUCUUCAACCAAAUGCUAAAGUUUUACAGUGGAAAGCCCAUGAUGGCAUCAUUUUAAAAGUCGACUGGAACUCAGUGAAUGACCUUAUUUUAUCUGCGGGUGAAGACUGUAAGUAUAAGGUUUGGGAUAGUUAUGGCCGCGUGCUGUACGGCUCCCAGCCUCAUGAGCACCCCAUCACCUCAGUGGCCUGGGCUCCAGAUGGGGAGUUAUUUGCCGUUGGAUCGUUUCAUACGUUACGCUUGUGUGAUAAAACUGGGUGGUCAUAUGCUUUAGAGAAACCCAACACUGGCAGCAUAUUUAACAUUGCGUGGUCUAUUGAUGGCACUCAGAUCGCGGGAGCCUGUGGGAACGGGCAUGUUGUCUUUGCACAUGUGGUGGAGCAGCGCUGGGAGUGGAAAAAUUUUCAAGUAACGCUAACGAAGAGAAGGACCAUGCAGGUUCGCAACGUUCUCAAUGAUGCCGUGGAUCUCCUGGAGUUCCGGGACAGAGUCAUUAAAGCAUCCUUAAACCACGCACACUUGGUGGUCUCCACGUCCCUGCAGUGCUACGUGUUCUCUACGAAGAACUGGAAUACACCACUUAUAUUUGAUCUCAAAGAAGGAACUGUUAGUUUAAUUCUGCAGGCAGAAAGACAUUUUCUUCUGGUGGAUGGCGGGGGUAUCUACCUGCACUCUUAUGAAGGGCGCUUCAUUUCUUCUCCAAAGUUUCCUGGCAUGAGAACAGACAUCCUGAACGCUCAGACUGUGUCUCUGAGCAAUGACACGAUAGCAAUAAAGGACAAAGCUGACGAGAAGAUAAUCUUCCUCUUUGAGGCGUCAACUGGAAAACCCCUAGGGGAUGGGAAACUUCUUUCUCAUAAGAAUGAAAUCUCAGAAAUUGCUCUGGAUCAAAAAGGACUUACCAAUGACAGAAAAAUUGCUUUCAUUGACAAGAACAGAGAUCUCUACAUCACCUCUGUGAAACGAUUUGGGAAAGAAGAACAGAUUAUUAAACUUGGAACCAUGGUACAUACUUUGGCAUGGUGUGAUACAUGCAAUAUCCUCUGUGGAAUUCAAGAUACUCGAUUCACAGUAUGGUAUUACCCUAAUACCAUUUAUGUGGACAGAGACAUUCUGCCUAAAACAUUGUACGAAAGAGAUGCAAGUGAAUAUAGUAAAAACCCGCAUAUAGUGAGUUUUGUUGGAAAUCAGGUAACUAUAAGAAGAGCUGAUGGCUCCCUGGUGCACAUCAGCAUAUCACCGUACCCCGCCAUCCUCCAUGAGUAUGUGAGCAGCUCCAAGUGGGAAGAGGCUGUAAGGCUUUGCCGCUUUGUUAAGGAGCAAAGCAUGUGGGCUUGCCUAGCGGCUAUGGCUGUUGCUAAUCGAGAUAUGGUCACUGCAGAAAUAGCCUAUGCAGCAGUUGGGGAAAUUGAUAAAGUUCGGUACAUCAAUGCUAUAAAAGAUCUUCCAUCUAGAGAGUCAAAAAUGGCCCACAUACUCAUGUUUAGUGGGAACAUCCAGGAGGCUGAAACAGUCCUGCUCCAGGCUGGCCUUGUUUAUCAAGCCAUACAGAUCAACAUUAAUCUCUAUAACUGGGAAAGGGCGCUGGAGUUGGCUGUAAAAUACAAAACCCACGUUGAUACAGUGCUCGCUUAUCGUCAGAAGUUCUUGGACACAUUUGGUAAACAGGAAACUAAUAAACGAUAUUUACAAUAUGCAGAGGGCCUCCAAAUAGACUGGGAGAAAAUCAAAGCCAAAAUUGAGAUGGAAAUUACUAAAGAACGAGACCGAUCAUCCAGCGGCCAGUCCAGCAAGAGUGUGGGCUUAAAGCACUAAGGGCCACGCUUACCUCCAAACUAGUUUGGACUAACCAAAGAUGUGCAUGUUUGUUUGCUUUAAGAAGAAAAAAAAGCAUAAUUUUAAGACUAGUGCUUCCUCUAGAUGGUAGUGCACUUGCCUAGCAUACAUGAGGCCCUGGGGCUCAUCCCCAGUCAAAAGAAAAAGGCAUUGUCUUUGAAUAAGUGUAUGAGUUUUCUGUGUUUUUAAUACUUAAGGUACGUUCAGAAAGGUUAAGCCCAAAAUACCUUAUAUAAUUCCAUCAUUUCUAUUUUUCUAGUCUAAUAAUUAAGAAAAUAUUUCUAUAUGCUUAUCUAUGCCCAAGGAGUGUUGAGUACAUUCCAGUUUGUUUGUUUGUUUGUUCCUUUAUUUCUGUUUUUUUCAGUAUAAAUAGGUAUUCUUAUAAUAAAGCCUUGAGUUAUUUACAAUGUAUGUUAUUCUGAUUGUAUGUAUUCUAUUUGAUAUAUAAAUUGUAAAGUAUCUUCCAUACUUUAUGAAACAAAAAUACAGGAGAAAGGGUUUGGGGAAAAUGGUACAAUGUAGAUGUAUAUCGAAGUUUAUAGUUCACAUAACAAACGCUGGGAACAGCUAUGGUAUCCAUCAGCUACAAUUAGAUAAAACCACGUGGUAUUCACCGGCAGUGAUUAGUCUCUCAUAGAAGGGUUGAGCUGUGGCACAUGCCGCAACGUGGAUGAGCCUAGGAGAACUUCCACUACGUGAAGUAGGUUAGACAUGGCACAGACGUCAGUCCUGCGGGGCUCACACAAGGCACUCGGAUUAAGUAAGUUCUUCUGGUCAGAAAAGAGGCAAGAGGGACAGGCCCUGGAGGAGGGAAUUCAUUGUGUAACGCUGGCCAUUGCUGCUUGGGGUGAGAGCCCUAGAAAUGGAGAGUGGUGAUGGUUGUAUAGCAUCGUGGGUGUUGUGAACUCCGUUGUCCUCUUUAAAAGGAUUAAAAUGAUAAAUUUUCUUUCCAGUUGUUUUUUUUUUUAAACCAUAUUGAAAAAGUAGUCAAACUGCUUUUGUUGUUGUUGUUACUCUAUUGACAAAGUUGGUAAACUGCAUUUUCUUCAUUCUUCCCUGACUUCAGAAUAUUUGGGCCUCAGACUUAGAGUCUAAAUUUUCAAAACUCUCCUCACUGGAUGACCCUGUUUGUCUGGCUUUAAUAUAAUGCAUCCCCAAGUCCCCAAAAGCUUUUUAACAGUGACACAGACAUCCCUCUAAAGUGCCCUUGACCCUGCUCUUAGAAUUGGUGCAUUACAGAGCUCAUGCACACUAAUUGGGAAAAACAUCACCCCUUUCCCUCCACUGUAAUUUCUCAUGUAGGUUUUGUUCAUAGAAAUGCCCCAUAGUUCCCAAUAUGUACCUUUUCUUUUAUGAAAUGUUGGACUGUUCAAUUCUUAGUCUAGAGUUUGGAUACACAGAUAUGUUCAAUUCAUGAAAUCUAAGCAAUUGACUUAUAUGUUAUACAUGCUUUCUACUUUGUUAAAUUUCAGUGUAAUGUUUCAAAAGAAAAAAAUGGUUAAAUUUUAUGUUUAGUAUGUUUACCACAAUAAAAAGGUUAAAAAAAAA